AUUUGGUGUCGACAAAGUGAAACGUAAAAGUACCUGCAAAAUGAAGGCAAAUGCCGUUUGAAGCAAAAUCUCGUUACCACUUCCAGCAAAAUCUAACUCAGAAUUAUUCAGAGGCCUCACUUGCAAGCAAUAACUGACUCAACUCCAGAAUCUAGCCAAAAGUUUUUUCAUUUCGUUAUCUGACGUAUUCACUAAUGGAGGAUGACAAGAAGAAGAGGAAGAAGAACAAAAAGAAGAAGAAUAAGCAAGCCAACGAACCAACUGAAAGUGACAAACUUGAUGCUAAGGAAUCAACUUCUGAUAGUCAGAGCCAUGUGCAGGAGAUAGGAGAGAAUUGUGACAUUCAAGUGUCAGAGAUUGUAGAUGCGUCAAAUGAUACUAUAGGGCACAUAACUGCAGAUGGCAAUGGAUGUCUUGUCAAUGGCACUGAAGUAACAAACCUGGCUGAAGCGGAGAAACAGCAUUGGCUGGAUAGAGAGGCCACUCUUGAAGGAAAAGUUAACAAACUUCAGGCUGAAAAAAAUGCUCAAGUACAAAAAGAGGCUUGCCUUGAGGAGAGAAUCAAGCAGUUGAUGGAGGAACACGAUGGAAAUUUAGAAAAAGUGGCUAGUCAAAGUGAAAAAAUUAAGCAGUUAGAGGACGAAAAGAAUGCAUCUUUGCAGAACGAGGCCAGGUUAAAGGAGAGACUGGCAGAAUUGGAAAAUGAAAAAGAUUCAUUGAUCCAGAAAGAGGGUAGUUGUGAACAGAAAAUUCAAGAAUUACAAAGGGAAAUGAAUUCUCAACUGCAGAAAGAGGCUAGUCUGCAGAAGGAAAUUCUACAACUGAAGGGUGAAAAGGAUUCCUGGGCCCAGACAGAGGCCGGUUUUGGGCCAAAGUUUAAUCAGAUGGUGGAUGAGGCUUCAUUAUUAAAUCUGAAAGUGGUGAGCCUAGAAGAAACCGUAAAAGAGAUGGAAAGAGAUGGAGAUUCCUGGAUCCUAAAAGAGAACUCAGCACAGGAAUCUAUUGCCAGCUUGACUGCUGCUAACGCCAAAUUAAGAGCUCAGGUGGAGGAGCUGGAGCUAUCCAGGGACAGUCUCUUUAGUGAAACACAACAGUUGAAAGAAGUCAUUUCCAGUCUACAAUUACAAAUUAACACCCUUGAGAUGGACAAACAGACUCCAGAAGAUGGUCGUGCAAACUAUGAGGCAGAAGCUGCUAGCGCACUGGUUGAGAAAUUGGUUGCAGAAAAUUCAGAGCUUGUUGAAAAGGUUAAUGAAUUGUACGCUGAGCUUGAACAGAGCGGUGCAAGAAACGAACAAUUUCCCAAUGUUGCUGGGGCUGUAACUGCUCAAUCUGCUGCAGCUCUUAUGCCUGAUUUGGCUGACAGGCACGUAACGGAGAAGGCCAUAUCGGAAGCUAGCAAGAUGAUCUCUGUCUCGGACAGCAUCCAGUCUUUGGAAGAUGUCAUGGCCAAAGAUGAGAGGAAUGGUGAGCUCGUGAAUGUGAAACCUGGUGUCGCAAAUUCUUCAGAAAUAAUAGAGGAAGAUGAAAUUGUGCAAAUCCCAUUGGAUGAGAAUGAAGUAGUGAAGGAAUCUAAUAUGGAGGCAGCUCAAAAUGAUGACGACGUGGAUGUCUCGCUCACUGAUGCACCGUUGGUUGGUGCUCCAUUCCGUUUGAUAUCCUUUGUAGCUAGAUAUGUUAGUGGAGCUGAUUUAGUGAAUACCAACGCUGGAAGAUCAGGCUAGGCAGACUGCAACAAAGAUUGCCUUUUUUUGAUAUAGAGAGAGAUAUACAACCGUAGCAGUUUUCUAGGGAGAGCUAGUCACAUUUAUACACUUUUAAACCUUACUACAAAUCUAAUGUCAGCCUCUUUUCUGUUAUGUAGAUUAACAAUGUAGAGUGAUUAACGAUUGAUUAUUGUUUACUGUUAUUGACUUGUUACA